UGCGGACAAUGUCGAAAGCUGUAAUCACCUGAAACCCAGGAAGGCGGAAACUUUCUGAUAAUUUUGUAAUGAAAUUGACGAUUAAAUAGUCAUGGGGAUUAUUACGAUGGACUAACGGUCCCUAUGAGUCCUAGGAGAAUAACACACAGGUGGCUGCCCAUGCUCCAGUGGUCGCAUAACGUGCAAAUAAUCCGGCCAACUCGCUGAAAGAGUGGGAAAAAGCCACAGGGUGAAUGAAAAAUUGAAUAGAAAAUAAAAGGGUGCGAGGAUUUUCAUAUGAUUUUAAUGAUCUCCGUCAUUUUAGAGUUAUCAGAAUCCCUGAUGCAUGAUGAAAUAAUUGAAAGUGAUAGAGGUAGACGUUUAAUCGAUAGUUAUGUCCCUCGGGUCACAGUGAAACUUAGGGGGAUGAGUUCAUAUGCUGAGGGUGGGGAUUUAACCAGCGGGCAUAUUCUGUCACACGACAAUCAAACUACAGGAGAUAUAAAUACUAGUGAAGAGAUGAAUUCCACCUGCUCUCAGCAGUUCCAUCAUCGUUGAUGGAUCACGUUAAUAUUAAAGAGGCUAAUGGUUAUUUCCUCGUUAAGUUCUGAAUGUAGCUACAUAUUAAAAGACCGAGUCAGCAGAAGCGUUGAUUCUCGCAGUCCAUCAAUCCCUUUUAAAAUUUCACGUCAAUGUAAAGAAAUUCAUGAAAUGAGUUAUCAAAUCGACGAGACUGGCUGCAAUGAAGGACGUGUUAAGAAAGUUAAAGCUGCAGAAGGCCAAAGAGCGUUGCAGGCAACAGACUGUAAUGACGAGUCGGAAAAAAUCGGAGCGAGCAAAGUCGUUGAGCGUGAAAAAAUCAGUGGAAAUGUCACAACAUGGCCCAAUGAAAUUUAUCAUACGAUUCAGGCAAUAUUGUUGGCCUCUACUAUUUUGGUGCUGAGUUAUCAUGGGCUACGUUAUGGACCCGUUGAAUACAGUCUCUUGGAAAAUGGUCAGAGCGUUCAUGGUAUGGUAACACCACGAAAAGCAGUGGUUACCCUCAGUCUCGGUUACUCGUUCAUGUACUCGGUCAUUUCCUCUUUGGCUGCAUUCAUGCUUGUUUAUUCCCUUGUAUCGGCGAAACCUUAUUGGAGUCUACCCACGAUUGUUCUGUGUAUAGCUGAAGUUGUAUGGGAAGUUGGCGAUGCUAUUGUAGCUGUUUGGCUCUUGUUCACGCGUCUCAGAUUCACCACUGCUCUCACAUACACCGCUGGUGCUGCAUUCGUUAUCAUGGGAGAACUCUGGUGCUGGCUCGGUGUAGUUCGCCUGUACGAGCUAAGAUCCUUUGAGUAAAAAUCACCAAAAUAUUAGUGCAGACAUAUAACAUUAGUAUCGAAUAUUUCGCAAAUAAAAU